AUGUUUCCUUCCUCACGCGGAGGCGAGAUCUCCUUUCCAGCCCGGCCUGCCUCGUCACCGAGCUCUGCUUCGUUCGGCGCGCCCACCUCUCCUUUUUCUGAUUUUGCGCCCUCUUCGUCGCGCGCACCGGAGACGCCGAUGGACAUCUUCCUGGGGGAGCGGUAUCGAACGUUGAAUCUUGCUCCCGGCGAGUUGACUGACGAACAGAGGCAGAUGCAGCAGCAAAUGCUGAUGCAACAAAGGGUGGAGAAGUUUUUCUCCGAAGGAUGCCUAAUGCGGGCCUGCCUCAUGGGGACUGGCGGAGGCGUGCUCGGCGUCCUUUUCGGCACGUUCUUCUUCUCCAUGAAGCCCGUGGAUGUCGACACGACGCUGCCGUUUCGCGCGCAGCUCAAACAACAGUACCAGAACUUCCUGCCUGAAGUCGGGCGCUCGGCUAAGAACUUCGCCAAACUCGGGUUCAUCUACUCACUAACCGAGUGCUUCAUCCAGCGCGAACGCGCGGUCCACGACAUAAACAACGCCAUCUACGCCGGCUGUGUCACUGGUGCCACGCUUUCGUAUCGAGGAGGGCCCUGGGCAGUUGCAGUCGGAUGCGCAGGUUUCGCGGCGUUCUCUGGAGUCAUGGAAAAACUUCAGCCUUUUGGGAACAUGGGCUCUUAG